AACCCGGAGACCAACGAUCAACGAACCGACUAGCCGGCCACACGAUGAUGAUUAGUGAACGCCACAAGAGCCGCGAUUUGGUUACGAUACUUGGCCUGCUGCUCCACCUCCUCCUGCUGCAGCUCCUCCUGUUCCACGGAGCCUCCGCCUCCGGCCAUGUGAUCGAGGUCUUGGCUCAAUCAACAACCGCAUCGGAGUCGCAGACUUUGGAGACGAAGACGAAUGGCAGUCAGGAUGAGGCUGGUCUAACGCCCGGUGCGACAACAGCUCAACGGCUGGAUCCGAACAACAACAACGAGUGGCGACCCCUGGGACACGGGGAUCCGCUGCAAAAGGACCCCACCUACGACUACAGUCCGCCGGCCCUGGAUCGCGUUCGCUAUUGGGCGGAGAACAACAGCACGGGCCAGAGUAAUCCGGAGGCCAGGAAGAAGGAGCUGCCGCCGGAGGUGCUGCGCAACAAGACCAAGAGCGAGGUGUUGCUCCUCGGAGUGGCCAGUGAACGGGUUAGGGUGCCCCACUCCCAUUCCUAUCCGCCAGUUCAUCAUCACCAACAGCAGCAGCAGCAACAGGCGAAAUAUGCGGCCAUCCGGAGGAGCUACUAUGCUCCCACCCAGCAUAUUCAGCACGGCCCACAAAUGCAGCAGCACAUGCCGCACACCCACCUCAUGCCACCGCCCAUGAUGAUGAUGAAAUCGAGUGGUGCGCCCCAGUCGCCGCCCCACCUGGAGUACAGACAUAGUAUGAUGGCCACCGGAGCACCCACCUCCUAUAUGAGUCAACACAACCACAUGAGUUCACCGACGCCCAAACAGGCGAUGACCUCGUCGGUGAUCUACCAUCAACCUUCGAUGGGUCACCAUUCAUCGCUGUCAUCGUCCACACCCUGGAUGACCAGCAUGCCACCGCAUAGGCUGAGCUACUCGGACCCACAUCUCCAGGAAUCCAUGCACACCUACAGCUUCUCGAGGCCCCAUCACCUCAGCUAUUCGCCUAAUUCUCUGCCAGGCCAUCAGGGUGGACCAAAAACGGGGGGACUAAGGAAACCCUGGCUGCACGAGCUGCUCCAGAAGGAGGUGGUGGUGGCUACCGCAAAGCCCAAGGUUAAGCCCACAAUGCCGGCGACCAAGUAUCUGAUGGGCACCAGUAAGCCGCAUCACCCACUGCCACCAGGGGGCUUUGGCAUCAGUUCCACCCGCUCACCGUUUACCUAUGCACCCGUGACCUUUGUCCCCGGUCCACCCACCAUUGCAGUGCCCACGGUGGCCACCGCUCAGCCAGCGGAGAUCUACAUCACACCCACUCCCCAGACGAGCAGCUCGGGCUUCAGACCCAUGUUGAUGACCAGCACCACCACCUCCACCGUGGGAACCACUCCUUCUUCAACUACUCCCGUAUAUCUGGGAACCAGCUCAACAACGACCAGUAAUCGCCUGCUCAUCCCCCAGACGAGCAAUCUGUCGCAGAGACCCACAGUGGCUCCUGCUCCUCCGCCGAGUGAACCCACCACCGACUCGCUUUUCUCCCACUACAAGCAACCACCGAAACCCCUACUGGGACCCAUGUACCUCAUCAUCGAGGGUCACUCCAAGGUUAAGACCUAUGGCCAAAACGAAUUGGAUCCACAUAGUCCCAAGAUAGUGCCGGUUAUCUCGAAGAGGGAGCCCGUGGUUAGGAUAGCUGAUCCCAACGAGAAGAGGGGAACUGUGGAUUCCUAUCAGGUCAAACAUUUGCACACUAAGACUACUCCGAUGACUACCACAACUACGACUAGCAAACCCACAACCGUGAAACCUUCAACUACUAAAGCUCCCGAAAGAGCUCCUGUCUACAGCACUACCAAUUCUCCGGUUAGCAGUACUAAACCCACAACUAUAAAGACUACUACAACUAAAGUACCUAUAAGUAGUACUACCCCUUCGGUGGCAGAACCUCCAAGUGGUGUCAAUGAUCUGCUGAGUCUACUGGACAAUAUGUUUGCCGAUGCCCACGAGAUCGCCUCGUCCACUGGGUCACCACCUCAAGUGGUUACUUCCACCGCAAGCACCGUGCUGAAGCCAGUUAGUACCAAGUUGAUGGCCCAGCAACCGGAACCGAGGAUUUCCAGCAAGGCGGGGUCCAUAGAGAGUCUCCUCGAGGAGGAUAGUGAAGAUCUGGGGUCACCGAUUUCCACCGAGACACCACCUCGAGCAACGCGUCAGGUCUUUGACUAUGAUCAAUUGCCAGAGUCACGGAUUAAAGACGGGGUCACCGCCAGCGAUAUUAUCGAAUACGCUGAUGAUGAUGAUGAGGAGGAGCUGGGGGAAGAGGAUCAGACCACCGAUGGUCAGCUGGAAGAUGAAGAGGAGAAUGAAGAGGAGGAGGCCGACGAGUCACACAAUUUACUCAAACGAAUCGAUCAAUUUGUGGAUGAUGGGGAUGACGAUUUAGAAGACCUCAUCGAGGGUCUGGACGAAAACGAAGACGAGAUCGAGGAGAGGCGACAGCAGCACUAGCCCAAGAUAAGCAUUUUUCUUAAACUGCGCUCUAUACCAAAUCUAUCAGAAACUUUUUCUCACGCCUAAUACGUUCUUGUACAUAAGUCAGCUUUAAUUGAAUCUGUAUUUAUUUGUUGUUAGUUUGUAGGCCCUGCUGGCGUCACAAUGUGACUGCACUCUAUACCCAAUAUAAUUCGAGCAAAGAGUUUUCGUUGUGUAAUUAAGCAUUAAAUUAUUGAAAUUUUCACUUACGUUUUUUAGUUGUUAAUAAAAAAUUGCAAAUAAAGAGCAAUAAUAAAAAC